GCCGGCCCCGCCGCGUGCGCGGAGGCCGGAGCCUGGCUCGCGGGCCUCCACCUCCACCUGGGCCUGGGGUAUCUCCAAUCGAUGGUCCCGCAGGGACCUUUGGGACUGUUACCUGCUAGCAAACGCGGCGCCUCGAUUCCUUCUCCGGUCCUUACUCAUUAGGCUUUGCCUCGCGUGCUGAGCAGCCUUAACUGUUUGAGGACUAGGAAAAUAGAAAAUGCUACGUACAGAACGGCGGCCGACUGGUUUUUAGCAAAUGCGUUAAUAUGGCACGCGAGGGAUAUAAAAUUCCUGUUAUUGAAAAUCUGGGUGCCACCUUAGACCAGUUUGAUGCUAUUGAUUUUUCUGACAAUGAGAUCAGGAAACUGGAUGGCUUUCCGUUGUUGAGAAGACUGAAAACAUUAUUAGUGAACAACAACAGAAUUUGCCGUAUAGGUGAGGGUCUCGAUCAGGCUCUUCCCUGCCUGACAGAACUCAUUCUCACCAACAACAGUCUAGUGGAACUGGGUGAUCUGGACCCAUUGGCAUCUCUCAAAUCACUGACAUAUCUAAGCAUCCUAAGAAACCCUGUGACCAAUAAGAAGCAUUAUCGACUCUAUGUGAUUUAUAAGGUUCCACAAGUCAGAGUACUGGACUUUCAGAAAGUGAAACUAAAAGAGCGUCAGGAAGCAGAGAAAAUGUUCAAGGGCAAACGGGGUGCACAGCUUGCAAAGGAUAUUGCCAGGAGAAGCAAAACUUUUAAUCCAGGUGCUGGUUUGCCAACUGACAAAAAGAAAGGUGGGCCAUCUGCAGGGGAUGUGGAAGCAAUCAAGAAUGCCAUAGCAAACGCGUCAACACUGGCUGAAGUUGAGAGGCUGAAGGGCUUGCUGCAGUCUGGCCAGAUUCCUGGCAGAGAGCGCAGAUCAGGGCCGAGUGAUGAGGGUGAAGAGGAGAUGGAAGACGGCACAGUCACAAAUGGGUCCUGAGCUCUGGCAGGUGCUCUGAUAAGCUCGUGGGAUGUCUUGCAUUUGAGCAUUGAGUAACAGCCUUGCUUGUGUCAGCAACGUGGAAUCUGCAGCUUUGCUGAAUGAUCAGAACUACUGCUGAUAAUUUUUUAAUAGAAACCUUGAAAUGGCAAUGCCAAUUUUCUACAAAUGGUAAAUAAAGGCAACCUACUGUGCUGCCAAA